AUGAAGUUCGCCUUCGCAGCCACGUUGUUGCUGACCGCAAUUUCGGGCGUCGCGGCCAUUGGGUGGCCGUCAAACGCUGGUUACUAUCACGGAUCAGAAGGCAUCGUGCCUCCGGGACCCUGGGAUGAGCCCGACGCCCGAUCCAAGUGCAAGUAUAGCAGGGGGAGACAAGUUGGUGGUGGACGGCGGUCGCGUUUCCAUAUCCGGAUCAAGGACUUCAAAGGCGACGCCGGCUCCUUCUGCCAUAGAUUUUGGGAGAACCUGAGAAGAUGGGGUCUUAUCUGCACGCCCAACUCGUUUGAGACCUGGAAGCCUUUCUGCGGCAUGGAGGAGGGCGACCUCGCCUGGAGGUUCGAGAACAGCGUUAGAUGUAACGAGGGCAUGGUCGCAUCCACCUUUUGGGAGGUGACCAAGAACGAGUGGGGAGGCAUCCUCUGCAGAGACUACGCCGUCGAUGAACAAGACGGCGCUUGUGCACACUGCCCCCUCAUGAGCGAGCCUUUCUGGGCCCACACCAUCUACGACAAGUUCAAGGAUGACAAGAAGGAUGACAAGAAGGAUGUCAAGAAGGAUGUCAAGAAGAGUGACGUGAAGGAUGCCAAGAAGGAUGUCAAGAAGGAUGUCAAGGAGGAUGACGGCUCCGCCGACGACCUCGACGACCUCCUUAACGAAGACGUCUUUGACGACAAAGAUAUCUCUGACGACGACUUCUUUAAAGAAGACCCCUUUAACGACGACGACUUCUUUGACGAGGACCUCUCUGACGCCUUCGUCAACCUUGACGAGGAUGACGAGAAGGAACACGAGGGCCUUAUUGGCAAGGAAUUCCAAGCCUAA